AUUUCCUCUAUAUAUACACAUUUGUUCGCCACUCCACUAUCUUCAUAUCUCAACUCCAUUGACAAGAAAAUAUCACACUACACAAUCACAAAAGGGUUUCUACAUAUGGAUUUCCUUUCUAAUCCCAUCUCAUUCACAGUAACAGCUUUAGCUGUAAUCUUUGUAAUAUAUCUCACCAAAUUUGUUGUCCAACUCUCAUCAUCAGACCAGAAAAAGAGAUACUACCCUGUUGUUGCCACAGUCUUCCAUCAACUGCUACACUUUGAGAGGCUGCAUGACUACAUGACUCAACUCUCAAGCAGAAACAAGACUUACAGAUUGCUUGACCUUUCUCGGAGCCAAAUUUGCACUGCAGACCCUGCAAUUGUUGAGUAUGUCCUCAAGACCAACUUUGCAAAUUAUGGCAAGGGAUGGUUCCAUCAUAGCAUCUUGAUGGCUCUUCUAGGCGAUGGGAUUCACACGGUGGAUGGAGGAAAGUGGCAACACCAGAGGAAAAUAUCAAGCUAUGAGUUCUCCACCAAGAUGUUGAGGGACUUCAGCAGUGUAGUAUUCAGAAACAAUGCAGUAAAACUUGCCGGGAUAGUGUCUAAAGCUGCAACUUCCAAUCAAACAAUUGAAGUCCAAGAUAUAUUUAUGAAAUCGACAUUGGAUGCAGUAUUCAAGGUUAUACUCGGCGCAGAACUAGACAGCAUGUGUGGAACAAAUGAAGAAGGUGCCCUGUUCUCCAAAGCUUUUGAUGAAGCAAGUGCCAUAACCGUGUAUAGAUAUGUCGAUGUAUUUUGGAGAAUCAACCGAUUCUUGAACAUCGGAUCAGAAGCGAAAAUGAGAGAGAGUAUCAAAGUUAUUGACAGAUUUGUAUAUAAAUUUAUCAGAAGCAAGACCGAACAAGGUCAAGAGUUGAAACACGAUUCAUCAAUGAUUCAAACGAAAAAGGUGGACCUUGUGUCAAGGCUUCUGGAGGCAAAUGAGACUGAUCCAAAGUAUUUAAAGGACUUCAUCCUCAGUUUCAUAAUUGCUGGAAAGGACACAACAGCUGUUGCUCUUUCCUGGUUCUUUUACAUGAUAUGCAAGUAUCCACUCAUUCAAGAAAAAAUUGCUCAAGAAGUUAAAGAGGCAACACAAAUGGAUAUUCAAAAUUCAAGUUUUGAAGAGUUUGCAAAUGGUAUCACUGAAGAUGCUGUCAACAAGAUGCACUAUCUCCACGCAACAUUGACCGAGACACUCAGACUCUAUCCUGCAGUUCCUGUGGAUGCGAAGGUUUGUUUUUCGGAUGAUACAUUUCCGGAUGGGUUCAGCGUGAGGAAGGGCGAUAUGAUAACGUAUCAACCUUAUUGCAUGGGCAGGAUGAAAUCUUUAUGGGGUGAUGAUGCAGAGGAAUUCCGGCCAGAGAGAUGGCUCGAUAAAGACGGUAUUUUCCAGCAAGAAAGCCCUUUUAAACUCACUGCCUUUCAGGCCGGACCGAGAAUUUGUCUUGGAAAAGAGUUUGCUUAUAGGGAGAUGAAGAUUUUCUCGGCCAUGUUGAUGGGAAACUUCAUCUUCAAGCUGAGUGAUGAACAGGGACCAGUUAAUUACAAGACUAUGCUUACUCUGCACAUUGAUGGGGGUCUCCAUCUCUGUGCCUCCCACAGAUGGGCAUGCAAGUCCUCUAGAUGCCUAUAGUUUUUGUCUAGAAAAUAUAACAACAUGCUGUUGGAUUAUCCUUUCAAUUGUGUGCAAGUAAAGUUCUAUUGUUUCAUGUAAGAUUAUGUUGAGAUUUGUAUGCCCUACGUAGCAAUUAUAUGAAUUGUAAUAGACAUUUUAUCUUAAUAGAAUACGUGGUUUAAGGUUUAA